AUGUCAUUCUUUGGGUUUGAUGCGUCUGGACGGCAUUCCAGGGAAAGGAAUGGCGACAGUCACGAGAAAGAGAGCCCAUUGGACUUUGAAGACACAUAUAAGGGACUUGGGGAGUACGAGGCCGAGGAGGAGGACUUUUUGAACGACGAAACGUUUGGGGCAGGUGCCGAGCUGGGUACUGAUUUUGAUUUCGGUCAUGGAAAUGGUAAUUCUGGGCCUAGUGGGGCCGCAGCGAGUUCAUCGUAUGCGUCAGGCGGUAGGUCGUACGUUGCUGUCGCCAGAUCUGGUGUAGAGCAUUCAACGCGACAGCCACUUGAUGCUUCUGUUGAUUUGAGACCUAUGGAAUCGCUGUGGAGUAGCGGCGUGACGCCAGCACAGGCACAGGAACAGUCGCAGACCUUGUCGAUGGAGGAGCUUGAAAGACAGCAGCGUCACAGACAGAUGGGAGGACAACCAGGGUUCAUGGCUAUGCCGCCUCCCGGUUACGGUAUGCCCGCCCCACCACAGGGGUUUCCUCAGCAGCCGCAAGCGCAGGCGGGGCCUGGGCCAAACGUUCCGUUUGGAAACCAGUUCCCAUCGCCAUAUCCGCCACGGGGCAUGCAGCCAGGCGUGCAAGGUAUGCCACCGCAGUUCCAGAACAUGCCAGCUAUGUUCAAUCAAGCCUACAACGUGCCACAGGGUCAUGCUCCUAACCAUCAAUUCCCGGGAAUGUUUCCACCUCCUCCCAGCUCGCAAACUGAACCACCGAGCGAAGCGAGGGAUGCUCAGAGGCUGCAGUCAGUUGAUCAGAAUGCUAGUGCCGCGCAAAAUGCUUCUCCAGGACGCCAACCGGUUCAGCGGGCCCUUUCUCCUCAACAGCAACGCCUUCAGACACUUCAGGCUCAGCCCUCUCAGCAGCAGCAACAGCAACCAUCGUCCCCCCAGCCAAUGAUUUCGCCACCCCAAACGCCAAGGGAACACGGAAGAUCUAAUCGUGGUCAAACAAGGAGAGAACCCAUGACUCCUGAGGAGCAAAAGCGGCUGCAAAUCCGUCAAGCGAAGGUGGAAAAGAUUUUGAAGCACUCAGGUUUGAUGACUCCCCGUGACAAGGACUUUAUCACCAGAUAUCAGCUGUCGCAAAUCGUCACUGAAGAUCCAUACAACGAAGAUUUCUACUUCCAAGUGUACAAGAUCAUUCAACGUGGUGGUGUCGUGGGAGAAUCGAACAAAGACUUGAUUGCCCGUGCUUAUCUUGAGCAUUCGGGCCAUAGGCUCGGAGGUCGCUACAAGCGUGCGGAUGUGGCAUUGCAGAGAAUGCAGAGCCAAGUCGAGAAAGCUGUGACAGUUGCUAAAGAAAGACCUCAGAAGAACAAAGACCAUUCAGAUGCUGCUCGCGAAGGCGUUCUCGGUAGAAUCUCCUCCUCAAUGAACAGUAAAGCUCCUCGCAGACAGCUGCAAAUCCCAGUGCACAAAACAGGAGAUGACAGUGCCGAUGAUAGUAAAUUGUCGCGCGGUGGAAAUCAAGCGCUCAAUGUUGUCACUGAAUCUCUAGAUCAGGUGGAAAUUAGCCAACAAUCCCGAGCAAGAAGAAGAUCUUCCUACGCUUUCACAUCCGUGGACCAAAACUCUGUGUUGUCGCGCUCCGGUGGUAGGAAGUUUGUUUUGUCUUUGAUCGAAACUGUUUAUGAAGAAGUGCUUGAGCUCGAAGCUCAAUUAAGAGGUGGCAAUGCCGUUGACAGUACUACCCUGUGGGAAGCUUUACAUAUUGGGGACAGUUCUUACGAAGUCUGUCCAUUCAUAUCCAUGCUUUCUUUUGACAAAGGUAUCAAGAUCAUGCCUCGUAUCUUCAACUUCCUUGACAACGCUCAGAAAUUAAAGUUAUUGCAAACUUUCUUCGGUGAACUAUCGCACUUGAACAUUAUUAUAAUCAGCUCAUACAAGACAAACACAUCCCCCAGCGAAUCUCAGUUGAAACAAAUCGAGCUGUUCCAAGCUGUCUUUCUAAAGAUAAUUGUGUCGUUUCUAUCAAGCAGUGCUAACUUUAUCGAGAUUAUGGGUUUACUGCUCUAUCUGAUCAAGAACAAUAACGUAUCAUUCAUCUCCACUUCUAAAAUUGGUUUGAAUUUGAUCACGGUUUUAAUUUCUCGUGCUGCUCUCAUUAGACAGGACAUCAACAGAACAAACGUUCUAUCCUCGCCAGAAAUAUCAGCCUGGAACGAAGUGUAUGACAAGUUAUUCACUUCCUUGGAGACCAAGCUUUUCCUAGUCUUCCCACCAAAAGAAUACAUGGAAAAGAUCGUACAGGCAACUUCACGGCCAGCUCAUGGUGCCGGUUCGUCCCAAGCAGUGCCAAAGGCUCUGACGGCCUCGUACGAUCAGGCAUACAUCUGGCAGUUCUUGGCUUCACUGGCCUUGAGCGGAAAGCUUAACCAUCAGCGCAUAAUAAUCGACGAGAUCAGGGAUGAAAUCUUCGGCACCAUCAGUGUCGCGGAGGAGCUCGGCAAGUCCCAAGAGGAUGCCACCGCAUCACAGUACAAGAAAGACAAGCUAUAUCAGGACCUAAACUUAUUCCUGAAUGUCAUGGGGCUUGUUGCCAGAGAUGGUGAGAUCACAGAGCUGAAAUGA